AUGUUGAGGAAUUUAGCGAAAUCAGUGCAUUUAAAAUGCACGCCAUUUUUUAAAGUUUUUUUCCGUAAUUUUCUUUCUCCUUCGCCGGAUGAUCUUAUCAUUACUGAUAAAUGUAUCGAAAGGUUGAAAGUUAUCACAGCGGACGGUCAAUGUCUACGCAUAUUAGUGGAUGGUGGAGGAUGUUCCGGGUUUGAAUAUAAGAUGAGUCUUGAUGAAAAUAUCAACGAUGAUGAUUUUGUUUUUGAAAAGAAUGGUAUAAAGAUUCUCGUUGAUAAGAUGUCAUUGACGCAUAUGAAAGGUGCAACAGUGGAUUAUACCGAAGAUCUAAUGAAAAGCGCUUUUCGUGUUACGGCUAAUCCGAUUGCAGAUAAGGGUUGUUCAUGUGGAUCAUCAUUUGCUUUGAAAAUGGAUUAA